AUGGCAGACAAAUUAGGAAACGAAAAUACCAGCUGGGUAGAGAAGGUGUUCUUCUUCUUCUUGUUUUUGUUUUCUGUGCGGAUGGUAAUAGCAGAUCAAGACACAGUUAUCAGUCAUAGUCAUAAACUUGAGGUUGAUAAACUUUUGAAGAAGUUGAAUAAACUAGCUGCUAAGUCCAUUAAGAGUCCUGAUGAAGAUAUUAUCGAUUGUGUCUCUAUUCUAAGUCAGCCAGCUUUUAAUCAUCCGAAACUCAAAAAUCACAAGAUUAAGAUGAGGCCCAAUUUUCAACCACAAGAUAAUAUACUUGAAGUGAGUGAUGAAAUAUCUUCAAAAUCAAAGCCAAUCGUUCAGCUAUGGCACCAAAGUGGAAGUUGUCCAGAGGGUACUAUUCCGAUAAGAAGAACAAGAGAAGAGGACAUACUGAGAGCAAGCUCCAUGCAACAAUUCGGGAAGAAGAAUCUCAAGAACGUCGUACUACCCUUAACCCCAAAUGUUGGAGGUCAAGGGGGAUACGAGUAUGCCUCAGUAUUUAUUAAAGGAGAUAAAUAUUAUGGAGGCAAGGGAGCCAUGAACGUUUGGAAUCCUAAUGUUGAACAAUCCCAAGAAUAUAGUCUCUCUGCAACUUGGGUUGGAAGUGGUUCUGAUCCUGAAAAUAUCGAAGUUAUUGAAGCUGGUUGGCAGGUGAAUCCACAGCUAUAUGGGGAUAAUCACACCAGGCUUUUCAUAACAGCCCUACAUAGUGAUUCAAGUAAGAACACGGGAUGCUAUGAUCUUCUUUGUUCUGGCUUUGUUCAAGUUUACUCUGCAGUAGCUUUGGGAAGCAGCAUCAUGCCCUUAUCCCUAUACAAUGACACUAAUUCCCAGUAUCAAAUCACCAUUACCAUCUGGAAGGAUAAAGGCGAUGGAGACUGGUGGAUGCGAUAUGGCACUGAUCAAAUUGUGGGAUAUUGGCCUUCCUCUUUGGUCUCAAGUCUAUCAGACAGUGCAACAGUGAUAGAGUGGGGAGGUGAAGUAGGAAACUCAGGAACUAAUGGACAACACACAACAACACAAAUGGGAAGUGGGCAUUUUUCAGGGAAAAGCUAG